UGUCAGGCAAAAUAUAAGAGAGCAGUAGCAGCAGAGAUCUGCAAUAGAUAAACACACAGACUCGCACGCACACACGCACCAGCUGGCGCGCUUGCAGGCACGCACAACACGCAUCCAGAAACAGACCGUCCAGAACUGUGAUUGCUGCGCUCGUUUUUCUCCGCCUCUGUAUUUCUUUUUUUUUUUUUUGAUGGUUCUUUUGUCAUCUGUCAUUUCAGUGGAAAACGGCCACUGACAAAGGAAGAACCAGAGAGAGAGAGAGAGAGAGAGAGUGAGAGAGAGAGAGGGGGGCAGGUGUGCCCUUUAAGAGGAAAGAAGCAGCUGAGGCAAGGACAGCAUCCCAGUCUCCAUCCUCUGAGGAGGCUGUGGCAUUCAGAGGAGUGCAAAAAGGGACGGACGGUCAGACAAAGCCCUGCGUUGUUUUUUUUUCUUUCUGUUCUUGCUCCUUUCACCUGGAGAUAGGCUGCCAUGUUUGGCAGUAAUCAGAGGCCUAAACCUGUCUGAGAGAGCCCUAUGAACAGCCGAUCCAAUGGACAUCAAAGGCCAGUGUUGGACAGACGAGGAGUCGGAUGGAGAGAACGAAUCUGAACAGUUCCUUUAUGGAAUCCAGUGCUGCUUGUUGCAGGGGAGCUGUGCUGCUGACCUGUACCGCCACCCUCAACUAGAUGCAGAUAUCGAGGCCGUGAAAGACAUCUACACUGACAGUGCCAUCUCAGUCAGGGAGUAUGGAACCAUUGAUGAUGUGGACAUCGAUCUCCAUAUUAACAUCGGCUUCUUAGAUGAGGAGGUUGCAACAGCCUGGAAAGUCAUCAGAACAGAGCCCAUUAUUCUGAGACUGCGCUUUUCUCUUUCUCAGUACCUCGAUGGACCCGAGCCGUCAGUGGAAGUGUUUCAGCCUUCAAAUAAAGAAGGCUUCAGUCUGGGCCUGCAACUCAAAAAGAUCCUGAGCACAUUCACCUCACAGCAGUGGAAGCACCUCAGUAAUGAGUUCCUCAAGGCCCAACAAGAAAAGAGGCAUAGCUGGUUCAAAGCUGGAGGGACCAUCAAGAAGUUCCGUGCUGGGCUCAGCAUUUUCUCCCCAAUUCCCAAGUCUCCAAGUUUCCCCCUGAUCCAAGACACAGUUCUAAAAGGGAAGCUGAGUGUGCCUGAGCUGAGAGUGACCCGCCUGAUGAACCGCUCCAUCUCCUGUACAAUGAAGAACCCUAAAGGGGAGCUCUUUAGCUAUCCACCAAACAGCCAGACUGUAGCUGUCCCGGCGGCCAGGGCCCCAGCGCAGAUUACCACGAGGCAGCUGAUUGAAUUGUUUUUUUCAUCCCAGGCCGGCGGCCAUUGCAAGAACAUCCCUACGUUGGAGUAUGGCUUCUUAGUGCAGAUAAUGAAAUACUCAGAGCAGAGGAUCCCCACACUUAAUGAGUACUGCGUGGUCUGUGACGAGCAGCAUGUCUUUCAGAACGGGUCCAUGCUGAAGCCUGCUGUGUGCACCAGGGAGUUGUGUGUGUUCUCCUUCUACACUCUGGGUGUGAUGUCUGGAGCUGCAGAAGAAGUGGCCACUGGAGCAGAGGUUGUAGACCUACUUGUGGCUAUGUGUCGAGCUGCACUUGAGUCCCCCCGCAAGAGCAUCAUCUUUGAGCCCUACCCAUCAGUUGUUGAUCCAAAUGACCCCAAGACUCUUGCAUUCAACCCAAAGAAGAAGAAUUAUGAGAGACUGCAGAAAGCACUGGACAGUGUCAUGUCCAUACGUGAAAUGACCCAGGGUUCAUAUCUGGAGAUCAAGAAACAGAUGGACAAACUGGACCCUUUGGCCCAUCCUCUGUUGCAAUGGAUCAUUUCCAGUAAUAGGUCUCAUAUUGUCAAGCUGCCUCUCAGCCGGCAACUGAAAUUCAUGCACACCUCCCACCAGUUCCUGUUGCUCAGCAGCCCCCCAGCCAAGGAGGCUCGCUUUCGCACCGCCAAGAAGCUCUAUGGCAGCACCUUUGCCUUCCAUGGAUCCCAUAUAGAAAACUGGCACUCUGUCCUAAGAAAUGGACUGGUCAACGCCUCUUAUACCAAGCUGCAGCUGCAUGGGGCAGCGUAUGGAAAGGGCAUCUAUCUGAGCCCCAUCUCAAGCAUAUCUUUUGGAUACUCAGGAAUGGGGAAAGGACAGCAUCGCAUGCCCACCAAAGAUGAGCUGGUGCAGCGUUACAACCGCAUGAACACCAUACCGCAGAGCCGGCCAAUACAAUCAAGGUUUCUGCAAAGUCGAAACUUGAACUGCAUUGCUCUAUGUGAAGUGAUCACAUCUAAAGAUCUACAGAAACACGGCAACAUAUGGGUGUGUCCGGUCUCCGACCAUGUCUGUACUCGCUUCUUUUUUGUGUAUGAGGAUGGCCAAGUGGGAGAUGCCAACAUCAACACUCAGGAGCCUAAGGUGCAGAAGGAGAUCAUGCGGGUGAUUGGGACGCAGAUCUACUCAAGCUAAUGGAGCUUCAGCAGCAGAUCUAUCCCCGUCUCAGCUGGGGGCAAGCAGACAGACAGACAAUUAAAGUAAAAGUUUGAAUGAGCUGUCCUAAGGCCGGAUACGAAGGGAUGAAGAGCUCCUGAGCACAUCAUUACCGACAUGGUUUCACUCUAGUGUUCUGGUUUUGGUCCGCUUUCUCCUGUGUUUCAACUUCGGCGGAUUGUUACAAAUGACAUGUUCAGAUGACCUGCAGUUAGGUUACCCCUGGUUUAAAUCAGCUUUUCCCCAGGUUUUAGCAUUCACAGCGUUUUGUUGAAACAACAAAACUAAUGUCUACACUGAUGCACACAAAUUUAUGGGACUGCCGAGGUUAUACUCCUGUUACUGUGUCUUUACUUAGAAUGAUUCUAUGGACUCGUUGCUUCAGUUUUUUUUUUUUCCUCUUUGUGAAUAUGUAGUAAAACAAAUAUUCAUUCCAAAUAAUUAUUGACCUUUAUAUUGAUAAUAUGGGAGGAAAUUACGCACACAAAGAUGUUAGGUUUCUAGUGUGCUUGGAAAGUCAUCAUCUGUCAUUAGUUUAUGCAAUACUAACUAAAGACAUGAAGUGAGCUCCCAAUUAGUGGAAGGGCAUGCACCACUAUGGAGGGAUUUGUCUGUCUCCACUGAUACUUCCAGACUGCUGUAGUUGUUGAAAUUCAAAAUAAUAUCCACAUAUGUACUUUGUCCUAUAUAACAAAUCCAGCUAUUCACUUCAUAAUAAUUGUUAUAAUAGUUAAAGAAAACUGGAAAUUAUACCUCUCCCCCGAAAACGAAAAAAA